GCGGGAUGGAGAGGAUGCUGAAGAAGGUCGGCUACGGGCGGGGUGGGGGGAAGGGUGAGCGCGAGCGGCGGGGGAGGGGAAGAGGCCGGUCAGCUGAUCGUGCCAUCAGUGAAGAUGUGUUGUUCCGGAAGUUGUUACGAGUGCUACCGACUCCCGCGUGUGCCGAGUGGGUGACGGUCAUGGAGUUCACCAAGAGGAGGUUCUGUGGACGCAAGUGCGAUAACGAGCUGUACAGGAGCAACAGUUUCAAGUUCGAGAGGUUCGAGGGGAAGGAGGAUUCCACGGCGGGAGCGCUGGACCUCGCGCCUGCUAGGAAACAGGUGGCGUUGUGCGAUGACUACAGUCUUCCGGUAGACUUCGUCAACAAGCGGAGACCCCUGAGUCUUGGCUCUGUCCCUCAUUGGUCUUUCCACAACUUCCAUGGAGCCUCGAUAGAGAUCCUCGAGAAUUACAGUGACCCUAGGGACUCCAAAGCGUACCUUGAGCCUGGCGAGGAGGCCAGCGGCAAAGUUUACACAAGUCCGGACAAGGAUUACAGCCAUCCGUACACUGACUCUUCGACCCCUGAGCGAGCCGAGGGGGAAGAUGACGGCGUGUACGAGCACGUGGGGGCGCCCCGCCUAGACACCCCCACCCCUCGCCACACCCCUUACUACUACGGCGACCUCCACCCGCCCGCCCCCGUCCCGGCCCCCGCCAGCCCCGAUGGCCCCAUGCCCCCCGACGAGAUGAGCCGCCAGCGCAACUUCUACGAGACGGCGUUCGACUCUCGCAUCAGCAAGUCCGACGACGACCUGGAUGUCGACGUGGUGAUCAACAAGUCGAUCCUGCCGGGCGGAAAAUUUCCGCUGCCCGUGGGUCCCGGACCGUCCGCGGCCGUCCCCGACCGGAGGAAGGUGAUCUUGGCACGGCAGGAGCUGGUGAAGAGGAAGCCUCGCAGUGUCCACAUCCGGAGGGACCAAUCCGUGGACAGUCUUCGCUCCAGAGACCAAUCCGUGGACAGUCUGACUCGGGACUUGGAUCGGGUAGAACUCCACGAACCUCCUCUUCCUCUGAGGGGAUUCGCCCCUCCUACGCCUCCGUCUAGUGCUCCCCUCCCUACGAAGUUCCCCUCCUCACACUCCAUGGCGAGUGUCCACAGCGCCCCGAACUUACCGGGGGCUCGCCUGAAGGACGCGAGACUGCCCAUCAAAUCCGUUCGGUGCAGAAUAGAAGACGCGAGAGUUCUAGAAGGUCGGCCGAGGAGUUUCACGAGUGACGGGACCGGUGGAGACAAAGAAGACGUCAGGUACAGCAGACCUAAGAGUCUGUUUUGCCCCGAACAGAACAUAGCUGAGAUCAAGAGCAGGCCGGAGACGAGGGCGGAGUCUUCCACAGCGUUCCUCACGACGGCCCAGGUCCUGGAGAUCAAGGGGAGGCCGAGGAGGGUGCGAGUGAAGUACUCGAGCACGGAGAGCAUGGCUACCAGUAGCAGUGGAGGGAGUCUAGAGUCCAUCCGGAGCAGCACUAGUGAAGGUAACCGGAGCACUUCCAGUUCCGAGAGCCACCGUAGCAGCUCUCUAAGCUCUCACAGCAGCGACUCCGCCGGGAGCACAGGCUACCACAACCCGGUCACAAGCGCCCCUCUGGGCGCCCGCUUCUUCCACCAGACCAAGCUACAUAUCCUCUCGCCCAUUUCGGACAAAUCUUCGCAAGAGCCCGGAUCGGAAACGUCUGAAAACAACAAAAACAACAACUCCCAGAGGGCGUCGCCCGAGGAGAACACUCUGGCUUCCACCACUCCGAUGGCGGAGCAGACCGUCUGGGCGGCAGAAAACCCCACAGUCCAGCUGCAGAAACCGAAAAGAAGGACUCCGCAAAAUAAAAAUCUCAUCAACUUGGGAAUAGGUCAGAGUUCAGGGGAUUCGGAAACCCACCAAGGCUCCGAUAGUGGUAUCUCUAUCGAGUCUCGGUGUGGAGUCGGUGGAACCCUCAACCAGAACGUUACCGUAGACCUGAACGACCUUCCGUUCGACAUGCCUAAGCUCCGGAGAAGAAGACUUCUUCAGCAGCCUGUCGCCUCCGUCCAAGACACCUCGGGCUCCGCCACUUCCGUGGACCUCAGAGAUCUCCCGUUCGACAUGCCCAAGCUGAGACGUCGUCUGCGGGGAACGCCUCCCAGCACGGAGUCGAGCGGGGUCUCGCAGGCCUCGUCUAGUCACAGUGUACAGGAGGUCGCUCCAAGACCCACGUCCGUGGCAGGAGUGGCACGACCCUCUCUGACGCUGGACCUGGAGCUAUCCACAGGACAACCUCGUCCUCUGGGCCUCAGUCUGGACCUCGGAACCUCACAGCCCGCCCCCGACAUUGAGGUGGACCUACCGUUGGAGAGGCAAGGGUGGUACCAUGGCGCCAUCACUCGGCUUGAGGCAGAGAACGUCUUGAGGCACCACGACGAGGGCAGUUACCUCGUGAGGAACAGCGAGAGCUCUCGGCUGGACUAUUCCCUGUCACUCAAGAGUGCUCGAGGAUUCAUGCACAUGAGGAUACAGCAGUGCCGGGAGUCAGGCAAGUUCAUCCUCGGCCAGUUCAGCAAUCCGUUCACCUCCAUCCCGGAGAUGAUACGCCACUACACCGUCAACCGGCUGCCAAUACGCGGUGCGGAGCACAUGUGCCUGCGGCUGCCUGUCAUCGAACAGCUACUCUGAAUGUAGCUCAGGCCACAACGGUUCCAUCCAUGUUGCCGCUGUCCAGAAAAGUUGCGAUCUUGUAUUUAACCUUAAGAAACCAUGCCAAAGAAGUUUAAAGUUUGCAUUGUUAUUAAGUUUUACUAUGAUUUACUAUUAAGUUUACCCGUGUUUCUCGGAACACGAUUAGUUAAGUUGCCAUUUUGUUGGGUUUUUAUGGAAAUAGUUUUAGAGUUAUGUUUGUGUUAGAAGUAAAAGUUUUACAAUUUACAACCAAAUUAAAUUUGGGCUAGAGAAAAUUGACUGAAAACAAUUAAUGCAGAUUUUUAAGAAUAUUUAUCUUUGAAACAAGAAUUGGCAGUAAUUUUAUCACUACUUCAUUUUGGUUUAGUAUAAAAAUUUAGAUUUAGUGCUCAAGAUGAGUUCUAGAUUGCUAAUAUUUUCAAUUAGUCUUCAAAAACAACAUUAAAUAUUUUAUAAUGUAUUUGUUAGUCUGAGCUUAAAUUCCAGUUGCUCUUGAGGUCCAAUAUUUAACCCUUUAAGAACACUGUUAAACUUCAAAUACUUUAACACCGUUAUAUUUAGUCAUAGAAUUGUGGUAAUGUCUCAUUUAAAAGUUGAGAUCAAUACGGGUCCCAUAUCUUUCAAAUGAGACACUUCUGUAAUAUAAUGACAAAAAAUUGCAAUAUAAAAGUGUUUGAGGUUCUGGGUUAAAACUCAAGAUUGCUUUACUACAGCCGAUGUAUACUUCCAUCUGGUGCAUGCGUUCUUUCACAACUCAUAUACCCAAACAAGUCCACACCGAAAUUUUGUAAAGUGCAACAUGCGCCCGAUGAGGUGCACGUUGCUAUGCACUUCCAUAUUGCAUUUUUUUUUUGUUUACGAGUCUUGGUGGUUUAUUAAAUAUUAGCCUGUGCUUAAAGAAACACCAAAGCUGAAUAUAAAUCUCAGACCAACAAAUAUAACUCUUUUAAUAACCUUAAGUUUAGAUUUAUGUAAGAUUUUAAGGAAUUCAAAAGCUUUCCAAGUCUAGAUCAAAUGUUUUAGCGGAAGAUAUAAAUAAUAAGAUAUUUUGACUAUAACUUGAUUUUCAAGUUGUGCAUAGUUUUCUAACCAUUUUUGGUCAAUGAAAUUUGACUGAAAUCUUUAGUAUAUUAAAGAUUCAUUAUUAUUAAUUAGCACAAUUAUUAUUGAUCAGCAAGUUUAUAUACAAAAUUUAGUAACAUAAUCAUAUCUUGUUUGUGCUUUAGUAUAUUAAAAUGCAUCUAAAAAAUAUACCGUACUUAAUAAUUAUUUUAUGUUGUAAAAAUCUAGUUCUUCCAAUGUUAUUAGUUUUUGAGAUCAGUAAGAUUUCACUGAUAACGAUAAGCCCAGCGAGUUUUAUAAAAUCAUUUUUCAUGUAAAGCAUUGUUGCAUUUUCCUUGUUGACUCAGUUGAUUGUAAAAGACAAUGAUUUCAAGUGCAAACUCAAUAAUGACUGAUAUUCCAUUAUUACUGUUUUCUACUUUAGAAUAGUGAUUGGUUCAAGGCUUGUCUACAGCGGUCUAGCUAGCUAGCAUUUACUGACCAAACAAUGUUUGCAUGUUUUAGACACAAGUGUAUCAAUUAAAUAAAUAGUCUCUCAAAUAGAAUUAAAGGAAUGUGGAGUUUGCCUUUAGGUGAAUUUUUGAACAACAAAGUUAGCUAUAAAUUUUUCAGUCACUACACAAAGGUUAUAAAAUCCAGUAAUUUGUUGUAAAAAAUCCAUUUGCAGUUGGUAGAAAAAUAUUUUCAAAAUAAUUAAUACUGAUAUUGUAAAAGCCAUUAAAAGUUAUUUUCAAAUUAUAUUAACAAGAUAAUUA